AUGGUGACUGCCACCGUUCAACUUACCAGCAAGGAGCAGCAGCUCCGCCAUCUGCUUCUUGAUGUUGCCAAAGACAUAGACGAGUCCGGAAAAGCUCAAGAGCCUAUUGUUCUCCGUUGGGCCGGUGGAUGGGUACGCGACAAGCUACUCGAUAUCCAGAGCCAUGACAUAGACGUGGCCAUCAACGCAAUGACGGGGGUCUCUUUUGCUCAAGCUAUGUGCGAUUACUGUGAACGACCAGAGGCCAUGUCCAAGCACAGCAUUGGCCCCGCAGAUAUCGGAAGCCUCCACAACGUUGCGCGCAACCCUGAGAAGUCCAAGCAUCUGGAAACGGCCAUGGUCAAGAUGUUUGGUCUGGAUCUCGAUUUCGUCAACCUCAGAAAGGAAACCUAUACCGAGGACAGUCGAAACCCUCAAAUGGAAUUCGGUACGGCUGAAGAGGACGCUCGCCGCCGCGAUGCCACCGUGAACGCACUCUUCUACAACCUACACGACGAUCGUGUUGAAGAUUUUACGGGGGGACUCGCAGAUAUGGAAGCUAAGAUAAUCAGAACCCCUUUGGAGCCCUUCCAGACCUUCAUGGAUGACCCUUUGAGGGUUUUGAGAACUGUUCGUUUCGCCAGCCGGCUUCAAUUCACAAUCGACGCCAGCACGCGCAGAUUCAUGGCAGACCCAAAGGUCCUUGAAGCAUUGCGUGCUAAGAUCAGUCGAGAGCGAGUUGGCGUAGAGUUGGAGAAAAUGCUCAAAGGAGAUCACCCUUUCGAAGCGCUUCAGCUCAUCCAUGAACUACAACUCUUCCAUGCAAUCUUUACCGACCCAACCCAGGAGAACCUCCCAGUCCCCGACAUAUCGCGCUGGGCUGUUGCUUAUACUUGUCUUGAUGAGCUUCUCAAGCACCGAGGCUCGACUUCCAUCGCUGGCCGACUCAUUACAUCCUCGGAUGCCACCUACACCGCUUGGAAUCUUGCCGCGCUCUCUCCAUGGAUGACGGUUGAAGAGCCUCCGAAUCCUCAUAGGAAAGUAAACGCUCUACCUCUUGUGGCCAUUGUCUCGCGCGAAGGCUUCAAAGCCCCAAAUCGACUGUCGAGUAUUGUUGCUGCUUCGCAUCGCAAUCGUGACGAGAUUUUGAAGUUGAAACGUGCCGUCUGCAAUGGAGAGUCGUACAUCCAAGAACGAGAUCGUUUCGGCAUGGCAAUCAGGAAGUGGGACACACCCGCUGGUACCUGGAGACUGCAGGUUCUGAAUACACUACUCGUCGAGGCCUUGGAAACCCUCACGGGAUGGCGUCGAGAAAAGUCAGCAGAACAAAGCAACUUCUUAGCAGGCUGGAAUAGUUUCCUCGACCACCUCAGCAAGUUAGACGUCUAUGAAGUCACGAAACUCGAAAAGCUCCUUGAUGGCGGAAAGCUUGCCAAAGCACUAGGUGGUAUCAAACCGGGGAAAUGGACAGGUCCGGCUCUAGAUGUCUGCAUUGCAUGGCAACUUCGCAACCCCGGCGAAACAGACCCAACUGGUGCAAUAGAAGAAGUACAGCGGCGGAGAGAAGAGUUGGGGUUACCGUGA